AUGUGGCAUGCAUCAAAUAUGAUAUAUAUUUUCUGGCCGGUUGUUGGGGACAAGAAACUUGUUUGCAUGUUUAGAAAUGUGAAAGAGCAUCCAACCAAUCCACAUGCCGAAACAUGGUCCGAUUCUAGCAUACUCAAGAAUGCUCCAGUCACUAGAACAUUCCAGAAUACGCUAGAAUCUAGUGCGUUCGGUAGCACGAAUGCCGCCGGUGGCACAUUAACAGGGAAGAAGCUAAAUAUAGAUUGGAAAACUGAAAAACUCAUUGACAAUUUGGUGCUAAAAAAGUUUGCUUCCAAGUUUCCUGACCUUGAGAUGAAGAUCAAACAAAACAAAAAUCAAGCGAAUUUCCAAAAGCCUCGCCGCUCACAACUGAAGGAAAAAGGAAAAUGA